UUACAUGAAGCAAAACUUUUGUCUGUUUCUUUCUAGAUUCUGGAGCGGACACUUGAACCUGAUAGUUCAGAUGAGGAACCACCUCCAGUCUACUCUCCGCCAGCAUAUGAUAUGCACAUUUAUGACAGGAAAUAUCCAGAGGCCCCACCAAGAUUUGAAGCGAAGCCACCACCAGGUCACCAGCAGGUCAGAAGCUACCGGAACUGGAACCCUCCUUUGCUUGGAAAUCUUCCAGAUGAUUUCCUGCGGAUUCUUCCACAGCAGUUAGACAGUAUGAAGCAGAGCUCUCAGAGCAGUCUUUUCCAGCAUUCAUCAUCGUCCUUCUCAGUUUCUUCAAUAACCCAAUGGACUGCCCAGUCUGGUUCUCAGGCUGGAGUCGCAGGGAACACUGGAGGUCCAGGUUUGACGUCUGGAGCUACAGAGCAAGACAAGAAACUGAAGCAGUAUCUGGAAGAUGAGCGCAUUGCCCUCUUUCUGCAGAACGAGGAGUUUAUGAGAGAACUGCAACGCAACCGCGAGUUUCUCAUCGCUUUAGAGAGAGAUCGGUUGAAGUAUGAGUCAAAGAAAUCAAAGUCCAAUCAUUCAUCUAGCAUGGAGAAUUCCACAGGAGAGCAGUACUCUGCAGCUUCAAUGGAGGUCGUCUCAGAUGACGCCUUGUUCAGAGACAAACUCAAACACAUGGGCAAAUCAACAAGGAAGAAACUAUUUGAAAUUGCCAGAACGUUUUCAGAGAAGACAAAGAGGAGAAAGUCAAAAAGGAGGAUGCUCCUGAAGCACCAUUCAUUGGGCACAGCCAACUCUACAGCCAAUCUUCUUGACGAUGUAGAGGGAAAUCCCUGUGAAGAAGAUGGUCAGCCUAGGAGAGCAAACACUCAGGAAGAGAAAGAGCAACGCAAUGAGCCAAUAUUAUGAUCCUCCCAUGCUGCACCAUAUUGGGGUUACCAGUUAACUGUAGCAUGACCCAGGUGGUGGCCAUGCAGCUUUUCUGGUCCCCACCUGCUAACCCACUCUAAUCCAAACCAGGAUGAGUUGGGAUCUCCCACCCCUAGCCCUCGUACCACACCCCUCCUCCCUGGGGAGAGAAACUGGACUCUUCUUGGCACUGGGCUAACUGUCUAUAUUGGUAACACUUUGUUGAUAUAUAAUUUUAAUGUAAUGGAAAAUGCAUUAGUCCUUACCAGUAUUUCCUUGUGUCACUACAGCUUCCUUUAAUCCAGAGGAACACUUGCACAGUGAUGAUCUUGCUAUAUGAAACUUUGUUACUUCUCCAGUCCUGUGCAGUAGCAGACUGUAUAUUUCUGUUGGGGUCUCUCAGGCUGGGCAUUUCAAAUCCAAUGUGUGCACAUGCCCCUUUAUAUACACUUAACCAUGUAGAGCCUUUUUUUACCUUGUUUUCUUAAUCAGAUUUUAAUAUUUUGCUGUUUUUGAUCCUUGCGGUUAUUUACUAGCCAGCCACAACUUUAAA